GACUGAAGUCCCUGGAUUAAUUUCACUUGAUUCCAUUUUUUUAUAUGCUGUGUUGGCUUUGCUGGUCGGUGUAUUGCUGCUCUGCAUAGUUACUGUAAUUGGAAUCUUUGUGAUGUGUUUCAGACAAAAUAAGAUUUGGAAGAAGCUGUCGGUAGAAGAGACUACGUAUGCACAUAUAAAUGACCAUGCUCUGCAGUGUAUGCCAGCAGGUAAUGAUUUGAAUCAUCUAAACCAGGAAGCCUUGUCCAGCAGCAGGAGAACAUCUACUCUGCCGUCCUCUCUCAGACUUGCAAGUGGUCAAGUUCAGGGUGUUUCAUCUGAAAACUGUGAAGGAGCAGAAAAUCAGUUGCAUAGCUGCUCUCUUUCUUUUGGCUCCAGUGCUUUUAAACAAUCACAACCUCCUGAUUAUGAGGACUCAAUGGCAAGGAGGGCAAAACAAAACAGCAGCACUGCCAGGGUAUCUCAGGAGAAAACUGGUAAUACCUGGAGUAGAGUGGACCUUUCUUCAAAAGAAGAAAAGUGGUCUCAUUAUGUAGAUAUGAAGGCAUGCAAAGCUCUUAAAGUUGUUGAACAGAGGGAAGGUUUAGAUGGUAAAUGUGUUUAUGAUAUCCCACGUCGUUUCUCCUGCACCUGCUCCAAUAGGUCUAGUGCAUGCUCGUGUUUUACUAUUUCGGCAACCUCAACACUGAAAAACGCAAAGCACUCUAGAGUCCUUUCGGACAACUAUAGUGACCAGGUUAAUAAGGCAUCUCAGGAGUUUGAAAAUUCAAAAAAUAGACCAACUACGUUCCCAACAUACAAAGAGUAUGACAUAUAUGUUCCUUCUCUACCAAGGACAGAGUCAAAAGACUCUGGUGUAGCAUCGAUCAUCGGUUCACAGUCAUUAAAUACAGAUGAAAUCUCUGGCGAGGUAAAGAGGAGAUACCCAUGUAAUGUAGAGCAAGACAGAUUCACAUUAGUAAAGAAAACCUCAUCAAUACAGAAGAAUAACCAGAGGGUAACUGAGAAAACACCAAAUAAACCAAGUUUGUUUAUUUAAUAGCUGAACACAUUUCAGCAGAUCUAUUUUUCAGAAGUGAGACCUUUUUAUGUAGUUUUAAAUUAACUCAGUUGUAAACUGGUAUUAAAAACUGUAUACUUCUGUAAAUCUUUGAAAAAUGAUGUAGUGCUGGUCUGUUUAGUAGUUGGAGGUAAUUCAAAAUGGAGGCCUGGUGCAAGAUAAUGGGAUGCAGCACAUGGAGUUUUAAUGUUGCUGUGUGGACUGCAGCCAAUAGGGAACAUAAGAUUAUCAUAAAACUUGUUUUGAUAUGACUAAAAUAGUAGUGACUUUACUGAGGAACUUUGUAGUUCUCUUUUGCCUGUCUGUACACUAGCAAGAAUUUGUACCUGUUUUGUCAAUAUUAUAACAGUUUACAUACACAAACAUGCUCCCUGAGAAUGUAAGU